UUAUUAAUGGUGCUCGAUUCUGACAUUAUUAAAUUUUUAAUUGCUUCUGAUAUUCAUGCAGGAUAUGGAGAAAACAAGCAAUAUAUCGGAAAUGAUUCUUUUGAAUCUUUACGCGAAGUUCUUUCAAAUGCAAAAGAAGCCAAAGUUGAUUUUGUUUUAUUGGCUGGAGAUCUUUUCCAUGAGAACCACCCAUCACGUGAAACACAGCUUAAAGUUGUUCGUCUUUUGCGGACUUAUUGCACUAAAGGGGAAAAGCCUGACUUGGAUUUUGUUUCCGAUCCAACAAUCAACUUCCAACACAGCAACUUUCCUUCAGUGAAUUAUCUGGACGACAAUUUGUGUAUUACAGUGCCUAUAUUUACUAUUCAUGGAAAUCAUGAUGAUUUGUCGGGGAAGGGUUUAUCAGCUCUCGAUGUUCUUCACGAAUCCGGCCUUUUAAAUUUAUUUGGAAAAUAUUCUGAUUUAGAUCAUCUUGAAGUUGCACCAAUUCUUUUAAAACGAGGAUGUACCAAAAUUGCUUUGUAUGGGAUUGGAAGUCAGCGUGACGAUCGUUUGGCGCGGGCUUUUUCGAAAGGAAAGAUAAAAUUCAAACGUCCGGAAGAUGAUGAUUGGUUUUAUAUUCUUGUUCUUCAUCAGAAUCGUCCUCCUCGUAGCAAACUUCGAAGUACAAAAUCACAUGUUUCAUUCAAAUGUAUUCCAGAUUUUUUUGAUGUUGUUAUUUGGGGUCAUGAACAUGAGUGCCUUAUUGAUCCAGAUUUCAAAUCUUUUGACGUUAAUGGACAAAACAAAUCUUUUUAUAUUAUUCAACCAGGAAGUACAGUUGCUACUGCAUUAAGUACUGAAGAAGCAAAAAGGAAGCAUAUUGGAAUUAUGUAA